AUGAAGGAAAUAUCUUUAAUUUUCAUCACAUUUUCCUUGGUUACGGCUCACGUAACUGGGGAUUGGUUUAACAUUUUAUCUUCUCGGGAAAUAGCUGACGAAGGACUCAAUCGGCUUGCAUCCUCUGAAGAUACAAGGAUCGUGGGAGGAUAUGAACCUGCACGAAACUCUAUACCAUACGUGGCUGUUUACAGAACCAUGUUCAAUGAAUCAGAAUGGGACUACUGUGAAGCAUCUCUUAUCAGCACGAGAUACGUACUAACAGUUGCGCAUUGCUUGAUGGAUAACUUUUCAUGGUUAGAAGUAGUUCUGGGGGCACAUAACUACUAUAAUAAUGAACCUACCCAGCAAACUAUUCGAACUACCACUUUCAAAGUACAUGAACAGUUUAGUAAAGCAACACUAGAAAAUGACCUGGGCGUCAUCUACCUCCCAACACCAGCAAAAAUCAAUCGCUACGUUCAGUUAAUUGCACUGCCUAGUAGAGCUGAUGCUUCAAAUAGUUUCGCAGGAUCUAAGGCAAUAAUGUGUGGUUGGGGAGACACUUCUGAUAAUGCUGUCGCUCUCAAUGUAAUAUUGCGAUGUGUCAAUGUAACCAUUCUAACAAACGAUAAGUGUAAUGAAGUGGCCUCUGGAUUUAUUAAUUCAAACAUUUGUACUUCAGGAAGUGGCAAAAAAGGCGCUUGCUUUGGAGAUUCAGGCGGACCGCUUGUGACCAGUAAUAAAUUGAUCACUUAA